CUGGUGUGCAGUGAGGCUGGCUAGAGGGUGGCGAUGGUACCCACUCUGCAUUGCCAGAUUUUGCUUUGGCUGAGUUGGGGAGCUGCCACUGGAGCCCAGGAGGAGUCGAUCCGUGUGAUUCAAGCCACAGAGUCACAUGGAGUUUUGCUGCCAUGCCAUUGGGACCCUGCACUGGCUUCAAAUGGCCUGAAUCUGACUUGGCUCAGUUCAUCUGGGGAGGUGCUGGUACACGUAUAUGUCAAGUCCCACCAGCCUGAGGCACGUUUGGGUGAAGCCUACGGGCUGCAGAUCUACAACAUCUCUCAAGAAAAUUGGUUCACCUGUAGUUGGAAUGGCAUCUCGGGAAAGAACCACACACUCAGGAAAGAGCCACAGUGGAGAGAUGAAGAUGAUGAAGAUGAUGAAGAGCAGCAGCAGCUUGUCAACAGGACGAAGUCAUAUGGUGAUGAUGAGAACACCCAAGAGGAAGUGAAAGGCCGUGGGGAAGAUGACUUUUCAAGCGGGCACCAGGCCAUUUCUCAUCCAUUUCAGGGUCUUGCAAAUUUCUCCUGCGAUGUCUCAGUACCUCACAAUUGGACUGAGGGGUCCUUGCUCUGGAUUCAGCAUGAUUUACAGAGCCAAAAAAAAGUGCUGAGUGUAAGAAUACGACGACGCUCCAUCCCUUACUGGCCCUGGCUGGGGUCUAAUUGCAUUGAUUUGCUGCUGCCUUCAGUAAACUUCACAGAUGGUGGAAACUACACCUGUCAGGUGGCAAACCAGACUCACCACUAUAGGCUGGAGGUGAUGGCAAAGUCAGCUUGGUUGCAUUUAGGAGAUCGGCAUUGGGUCAUCUGGACUGUAGCCUUGGGAUAUGUGGCUGCCUGCCUUGGCCUCCUUUUCUGUUUCCUACGUCUCCAGCGUGCCAUUCGCAUUCAUAGGCAGCAGAAGAAUCUGAGAGCCCCUGCCAGGAGAAGGUUCUUCCAUGCCAAGCGGAACAGAACACACAAUUCCAACGGCAUUCUGGUACACCCAGCAAAUGACUAUGACCAAGAUCCAAUGGAUGCCUUCUCCUAUGAAAAUGUGCUACCAAACAUGGACCCACUGGGUGCCCAGCAGUUAUUUCAGAAGAGAGAUGACCUGCCCAGUACCACCAAAACACAAGAUGAAGAUGAGGAGGAGUAUGAGUGCCCUGACAGUGAGACAGAGCAAAAAGAUGAUGAUGACAACUAUGAGAACACCCAGGAAGAAGUGAAACAGGCAAGCCUGCUUUUGAGCGAUGGAUCCCCUUAUGAAAACAACAAGAAAGACAUGACAUCUGGCAUCUGCUCUUGGGGCUCAGAUGACCCCUGGUAUGCAAACAAUACCCAGCAGGGCCCUAAGAAUCUGACCGAAGACCAGCUUGCUGAAGAUGGUGAAAACUAUGAGAAUGUGGAAGAGGAGGACCCUGUGAGUCCUGGCGUUGCACGGCUUAUAGCAGGUUUGCGCUUGCAGCUGGCUCUGAACCCCCAAGUGGACAAGCAGGAUGGUGGCAGCGAAGCUUCUACAGGCUCCCAGACCUAUGAGGAGAUGAAUGGGAUGUUGCCCCCCACUGCAAACAAGACUCUUCACCUGCACCCCAACACAAGCAACGAGGAAGAUGCUGAUUCCUAUGAAAAUAUGGAAAGUCCAAACAAUGUCAGUUCACGGAAGGAAGGCAGCUUUGAUCCACGUGUAGAAGGCCCAGCUUUUGGUUCCACACGGCAAAAUCGCUCCAUUCCUUUUGGUGUUGGUUUUAGAGGAGGGAUGCUGUGCUCGGACUAGAACUAGCCAUGACUUUUGAGACAGUACAAGAACAUGUGAAUGGAUGUGUUUAGAAGUACACAGACAGCUUGCACGGCUGCAGUGGUGAACUCACAACAGAUCCACAUUCACCCCAUUUGGCCUGAUGCAGAACCUUAGAAUUGACUUCAAGAGCAAUUGCUUCUUUGUGUUUCCAGUCGAAGCUAGCUGUGCAGAGUGCUGACUGGCUGACCGUAUGACAAUAAACAAAAGCUACCUCUGUCCCCGCCCACCUGGGUAGAGUGCCGAUUGGCUGAAUUUUGCAAAACUCAUGGAGCCCCUCUCCAACCUGGGACAAGUUGUAAAUAAACAUAUGAUUGCUUUUUUUAAAGUGCUGAAUAAACAUUUACCCAGAUGAA